UGUUUUUUUACUGCAGCUCAGCUGAUCGUGACGCACCGCAUUCGCAGCAGAGGGCGAAGGACAGACACAUAUAGAAGUUGGGUAUCGGUUACACACGCUGAAGUAAUGAAGCCCGGUGCGCCAACGGUAAAUGGGUGAUUCUGACGGAAUUCCGUACUCAAGCGUACGUUAAAGCAGCGUCAGUUCCUGUUAUCAGCGUCUUGGGAGUCGGAACGAACUGUCGCUCCCGUGGCUUCUCCGAAAUAUCUCAGCCUUGUUUACAGAAGCACGGCUCCUCCUGGCUGGAUAUACUUCUAAAAAAGGUGCACUACACUGAAGGCCGCAAUGGUGGAUUACUAUGAUGUUCUGGGAGUGUCACGAAAUGCUUCUCCAGAUGACAUCAAGAAAGCAUGCAAGUGAAGAUUCGAAUAUUUUGAGACUUACUGUUUACCUAUAUAAAGUAUCCAUCAACAGUGCUCUACCAUUCAAAAGUUUGGGGUUGUUACAGGAAACUUGCACUGCGAUGGCACCCCGACAAAAACCCUGACAACAAGGAGGAGGCGGAGAAAAAAUUCAAGGAGAUAGCAGAGGCUUAUGAAGUUCUUUCAGACACAAGCAAACGAGAUGCGUACAACAGAUACGGUAGAUCGGACAUGCCAAGCUCAGGCUCUGGUGGUUCUUCAUUUCCUGACGACUUCCCAGGAUUCACCUUCACAUUCCGCAGCCCAGAUGAGGUGUUUCGAGAGUUCUUCGGAGGGCAGGACCCCUUCGCUGACUUCUUUGAUGAUUUCCCGUUUGGUGGAAUGCACAGUGGGUUUCACAGCUCCUCCUCCAGGCUUGGGCCCAGUCGCUUCUUCUCCUUCCCCUCAGCAAAUGCUGACUUUACCUCCUUCUCUUCUUCACUGGGCGGGAUGGGCAGCAUGGGAGGGGCAAACUUCAAGUCUGUUUCUACUUCCACCCGCAUUGUCAAUGGAAAACGCGUCACCACAAAAAAGGUCAGAGAAAAUGGCCAGGAGAGAACAGAGGUUGAGGAGGAUGGGGUCCUGAAAACGGUCCUCAUCAAUGGUGUGGAGGAUGAGAUGGCUUUAGCUCUGGAACUGAGUCGUAGAGAGCAGUCCAGUCAGCCUCCCAGACAAUCCCAACAGCCACUGCUCCACCCCCCCAACAACAGCUCUCCAAACCCUGCCUUACGAUCCUACAGCGCCGCCCCGUUCUACCACUGCCCCGAUGCCAGUGAAGACGAGGAAGACGAAGACCUCCAGAUGGCGCUGGCCUACAGCUUGUCGGAGAUGGAGGCCCAGCAGCGGGCAGAGGACGUGAUCUCAGGUGCUGGGGGAGGGAGGGGGAAGCAACCAGGUGAUGGGAAUAGGAAGGGAGACAUUCAAAUAAAGAAAUAUGAGAGUGAAGUGACAGAUGAUUCAGACCUAAGCACCCCCUCAUCUCCAGAAAAUAGACUAACAGAACAGAGUCUAGCUAGGGGUUCAGAAAGUUUGCAUCCAGAGAGUGUUGUACAGGAUAAAGAGAGUGAUAAAAUGGCAGCCAAUGGGACUAAUGUGGUAAAAAAGAAGAGGAAGUGUCAGUGUGUGGUCUGUUAGUAAGACUGUGGAGAAUAAUCAUGCUUGUGUGUGAAAUUAGCAGUGUUAACCUUAUGUUCUCUCUAUGGUAGUUUUUUUUUAAUCCUUCCUGAAGUUUUGGACUGUGCUUUAACUUACAGUUUUGUCUUUUGUGGCAGGGCUUAUGGCAUUGCACAAAAAUGACUGUGUUGAAUGUGUAUUUUCUUGCCUUGAGGAAUGAAUAACAGGUGCCAAAAUGUGUUUAUACUCCACAAAGACAGGACAUUUUUAGGAAGUUUGAAGGUACUGUGUGCAAUAUUUUAGAAUGCCACUGAUGCCUGACAGAUAUCACUGAAAUAGGUGUCUUGGGAUAUCAUUUGCCAGCCUUGACUGUGUAAACAGUAAAAAUAUUCAAUCAGAAACACUCUCUGCCUGUGAAUCUUUUGGAUUGCUGGCAUCAGGUUGUCUGACAUGUCUUUGCAGGGUGCGAUUUUGGGAUAUUAGAAAGCAGGCAUAUGGUUGGCAAAAGUUGGCAUAAUGGCUGAAAUCACAAAGUGUAAUUUCUAGACCUGGAAAAAAAAAAAAAAGAAAAAAAGUCAUGUAAAUUAAUACAGUCGGUAACACUUUACAAAAAUGCCUCAUUUGUUAACAAUAGUUAAUGCGUUAACUAACAUGAACUAAUAAUGAGCAUUAUAUUUUUAUCCUUUGUUAAUGUUAGUUAAUAAGUGUUCAUUUUCAUUUUAGUUCACUGUGCAUUAACUAAUGUUAACAAAUACAGUGUUUGACCUUACAAAUGUAUUAGUAUAUGCUGAGAUUGACAUGAACUAACAACAAUUCUUCUACAGCAUUUAUUAAUCUUAGUUAAUGUUAACGAAUGUAGUUAACUAAUGUUAUCAAAUUGUAAAGUGUUACCAUAAAAUGUUAUAACUCCAUGGGCAUUUUUAUAAUGAAUACACAUUUUGCCAAGCUCUAAAAUACUUAAUUGGUUAAAAAAAAAAAAAAAUCCUUAAUCCUUAAAGGGUUAGUUCACCCAGAAAUGAAAUUUCUGUCAUUUAUUACUCACCCUCAUGUCGUUCCACACCCGUAAGACCUUCGUUCAUCUUCAGAACACAAAUUAAGAUAUUUUUGAUGAAAUCCGAGGGUUUUUUUUAUCCUCCAUUGACAGCAACGAAAUGACCACAUUCAACGUCCAGAAAAGUAGUAAAAACAGUUAAAAUAGUCCAUGUGACUACAGUGAUUCAACCUUAAUGUUAUGAAGCGACAAGAAUAAUUUUUGAGCAAAAAAAAUUACGACUUCAACAAUUUUUCCUCUUCCCUGUAAGUCUGUUAAGCAGUUGGUGCAGUGCUGCAUUUCCAUGGUUACGUCCGAACGCCAGCUCAUUAUUGGCUGGCUCCUGCGUCAGCAUCACACAGAUGCCUCGUGCUGCUCACGUGAAAAGGCAUCGGCCAAUACCUAGCUGCCGUUUGGACGUAGAACCUAAAAGCUGCAAUGAAAAUAGCGUAGCAUGAAUAAAGUCGUUAUUUUUGUUUUGUUUUUGCACACAAAAAUUAUUCUAGUCGCUUCAUAACAUUAAGGUUGAACUACUGUAGUCACAUUGACUAUUUUAACCAUGUUUUUACUACUUUUAUGUACCUUAAAUGUGGUAAUUUCAUUGCUUUCAAUGGAGGAUAAAAAACCUCUCGGAUUUCAUGAAAAUAUCUUAAUUUGUGUUCUGAAGAUGAAUGAAGGUCUUACGGAUGUGGAACGACAUGAGCGUGAGUAAUUAAUGACAGAAAUUUCAUUUUUGGGUGAACUAACCCUUUAAAAAGUAAAUUCUGAAAAACUAUAAAAGACCUUCGAAUAUUGCUGUGGACAAUGUGUGGUCCUGGAGUCAGAAAGGUUGAAAGCCUAAACGAAUUGAAUAGCUUUUCUGAGUAUUACAGAGCAUUUUAGCUAUCUUGCUGAUUAGUUGGCAUCCCAUUCCCAACGAACGUUCCAUUUAUUCUUCCAGCAGUGAAGUGCUCUAUGUCAUCAGUGUUUGCUAUCGUUCCUUCUAGAAAGGAGAUUCUCUGAUUCUCGUCUGGAUGCUUUCUGAUUUUUACGGUGCAUUUGUCAUUCUUUCAGAGGUACCUGUUGAAUGUGAAGAUGAUAUUUUUGUAGAUGGGGAAAUUUUGCACAAAGACUAAGAUAAUCUGCCUCUGAGGGCUAAUGUUUAGUAAUUAGCACUCCUAAUGUGGUACAUCACAAUGACUUGGAUAGUCACACAUGUAAGGGAAUGUAAAUCCAAAAUGAUCUCAGUUUAUCUGAAUGUGCCAAAUAACUGACUGACAAUGACUCUCAGCAUUAGUUUUAUACGCAUCAGAAUUAUUCAGUAUUGAUAUGUUAUUUGUGCCUUUUUUUUGUGUUAGAAUUCAAAUGCUUGGCUAUUGUUGCCAAUGCUUUAUUUCACAUGCCAGUUUGUGUAUAAGUUAGCCAAAGAAGCACAUUACACUUUUUUUUUUUCUUUUUUUUUUACUUGCUUGUGCAGUUUGUUUCAUAAUAACUAUCAGCUUUGUGAUAUAAAAUGAACAAUCAAUAAAUGAACACUAAACAAAGCACAAAAAGUUUGAAUGUGAUGCUAUGUGAAUAUUAAUGAAAAAUAUUUUGUGCAACAAUGUAAAUUGCAAAGAGGGAACAAAGUCAUUUACACAAAACUGCUAUUCACAUUUGAAAAUGUUAUGUGAGACAACAUUGUUAUCUCAGAAGAGAAGUAUCCUAAUUCAGAGGACAUAUUCAAUGCUCAGAAAGUGCCAUUUAAAUGACAAAAUUGUUAAUAAAUGCUGUUUCAGUCAUUGUUAACAUGAUGUUGUUGCUAAUACAAAGAACAAUAAACUAAUGAAUCAGUUCUGCUCAUAAGAA